AUGCAAGAUGAUAAUGCAGCAUUCAUUGACAAUACAUUCAAUUACCUAUUGGCUUAUUCUUUUGCACUCUUUAAACAAGUCGAAGACAAAAAAUAUCAAGAUGAAGAUCAUGGUAUACAGCCUCUUGUUUAUUUAUCCACAGUUUUAACAGGAUUAUCUGAGAAAUCAAUUCCAACUGCUAUAUUAUAUUCAAAUGAAUAUGCAAAUUUGUUUUCUCCACCAA